AUGGGCGCGCGGGGCGCGCGGCUGCUGCUGUGGCUGCUGCUGAGCCGCGUCGGGCUCGGGGGCGCGGGUUCCGAGGAGCUGGCGGUGCUCUCAGCGCCGUGCGGCCAAGUGGAGACCACAGGGCGCGUGGUGGGCGGAGAGGCAGCGCUCCUCGGGCGCUGGCCGUGGCAGGGCAGCCUGCGCCUCCAGGGCAGCCACACGUGCGGAGCCAGCCUGCUGAGCCGCCGCUGGGUGCUCACGGCCGCGCACUGCUUCGAACUGUCCAACGACCCCUAUCAGUGGACGGUGCAGUUCGGCGAGCUGACUGCCUACCCGUCCCUGUGGAAUCUGCAGGCCUACUACAACCGUUACCAGGUGGAGCGUAUCAUCCUGAGCCCCAAGUACCUGGGGGCCCCUCCCUACGACAUUGCUCUGGUGAAGCUGGCCUCCUCUGUCUCCUACAAGAGUCACAUCCAGCCCGUCUGCCUCCGGGCCUCCUCCUCCGAGUUCCAGAACAGGACGGACUGCUGGGUGACCGGCUGGGGGUUCACCCAAGAGAAUAAGUCUGAGCUGGAGCCUUUCCCCAGCCUCCAGGAAGUGCAGGUCUCCAUCAUCAACGACUCCAUGUGCCUCCACCUGUACCAGCAGCCCGGCUACCAGCGCACCAUCUGGGGCGACAUCAUGUGCGCUGGUGACCCUGAAGGAGGCAAAGAUGCCUGCAGGGGCGACUCGGGCGGCCCCUUGGUCUGCGACGCCGAUGGGCUGUGGUUUCAGAUCGGAGUCGUGAGCUGGGGAGUGGGCUGUGGGCGGCCCAACCGGCCCGGGGCGUACACCAACGUCAGCGUGCACUUCAAGUGGAUCCGGGAGCUGAUGCUUAAAAGCUGCCGGCCCUGCGUCGACCCCGGCCCGCUGCUCCUGGUGCCCGUCCUGCUCUGGGCGCCCUUCCUCCUGCGGCUGCUCUGA